CAACAAAGGUGGAGGGGGGGAACUGCCGAGGGGAUAGCUUUGGGAACAAACACGGCGAAAGAAGAGACCGCACGACUUGGACUUCUGCUGAUGCCGGCGCUCGAUUAAACCCUUGGCGCCCUCGGUACUCGGAACAGCGUCGGGGCACAUUCCCAGCAUCCUGGAGCGGCAGCAGCCACCGCCUCUUGCCCGCAGGUCAGAGGGAGCGGCAGGCAGGCAGGCGGCGUCGGAGCGCGCAGCAGCCCUCUUCUCCCGCUCGCCGCUGAGGAGGCAACUUGAACUGAAAGCCCCGGAGGCAACAUACACGCAGGCGAGCGCGCGCCCUCCCACCCGCGCACCCACCGAGACACGCUCCCACUCAAGCAAGAGGAGACGAGCCGCGAGAGGAAGGCGAACAUUCGCCUAGCUGCAGCAUCUCUUCCUCCGCUCUCUGCGGCUUCGCGCUGUAAGCGGCAGAAGCUGAAAUAAUCCCCCCAAACUCACCACAGCUCGGAGGCCACACCGAUUCUCGACCUCUCUCCGGCUUCCUUUUCGCGCUUACGGAGAACGAGCACUUCUUCUCUAAAAGUUUUCCCCAUGGCGCUCAUUAUGGAACCUGUCAGUAAAUGGACCCCGAGCCAAGUGGUGGACUGGAUGAAAGGUCUCGAUGACUGCCUGCAGCAGUAUAUCAAGAAUUUUGAGAGAGAAAAAAUUGGUGGGGAUCAGCUGCUACGUAUUACUCAUCAAGAACUGGAGGAUCUAGGGGUUACUCGAAUUGGUCAUCAAGAACUUAUCUUGGAAGCAGUUGACUUGCUCUGUGCAUUGAACUAUGGAUUGGAAACUGAAAACCUAAAAACACUUUCUCACAAGCUAAAUGCAUCUGCCAAAAACCUUCAGAACUUUAUCACAGGGAGGAGGAGAAGUGGUCACUAUGAUGGCAGAACCAGCAGAAAAUUACCAAAUGAUUUUCUUACCUCAGUGGUGGAUCUGAUUGGAGCAGCAAAAAGUCUCCUGGCUUGGCUGGACAGAUCACCUUUUGCUGCUGUGACAGAUUAUUCUGUAACAAGAAACAAUGUCAUACAGCUUUGUCUUGAAUUAACAACUAUCGUACAGCAGGAUUGCACAGUAUAUGAAACAGAGAACAAAAUUCUUCAUGUGUGUAAGACUCUAUCUGGCGUAUGUGAUCACAUAAUCUCACUCUCAUCUGAUCCUCUUGUGUCUCAGUCUGCUCAUCUGGAAGUGAUCCAGCUAGCAAACAUCAAACCAAGCGAAGGGCUGGGUAUGUACAUUAAAUCAACAUAUGAUGGUCUCCAUGUAAUUACUGGAACAACAGAAAAUUCACCUGCAGAUCGGUGUAAGAAAAUCCAUGCUGGAGAUGAAGUGAUUCAAGUUAACCAUCAAACUGUGGUGGGGUGGCAGUUGAAAAAUUUGGUGAAUGCACUACGAGAGGAUCCGAGUGGUGUUAUCUUAACUUUGAAAAAGCGACCUCAGAGCAUGCUUACCUCAGCACCAGCUUUACUGAAAAAUAUGAGAUGGAAGCCCCUUGCUCUGCAGCCUCUUGUACCUAGAAGUCCUACAAGCAGUCUGGCAACACCAUCUAGUACUAUCAGCACACCUACCAAGAGAGACAGCUCAGCACUUCAGGACCUCUACAUACCUCCUCCUCCAGCAGAGCCUUAUAUUCCCAGGGAUGAGAAGGGAAAUCUUCCAUGUGAUGAUAUCGGAAGACACUUAGUGGGAAAACCAGUACACAAGGGAUCUGAAUCUCCAAAUUCAUUUCUUGACCAAGAAUAUCGAAAGCGGUUUAAUGUGGUUGAAGAAGAUGCUGUUUUGUACUGUUAUGAAUAUGAAAAAGGAAGAACAAGUAGCUCUGGAAGGAGAGAGAGCACCCCAACCUAUGGCAAGCUAAGACCUAUAUCUAUGCCAGUAGAAUAUAACUGGGUAGGGGAUUAUGAAGAUCCCAGCAAGACAAAAAGAGAUAGUAGGAGAGAAAAUUCAUUACUUCGAUAUAUGAGCAAUGAGAAAAUAGCUCAAGAGGAUUACAUGUUUCAAAGAAACAGCAAAAAGGACACAGGCAAAAAAUCCAAAAAGAAGGGAGAUAAGAGUAACAGUCCUAGUCAUUACUCUCUGCUACCUAGUUUACAAAUGGACUCAUUAAGGCAAGACAGCAUGAGCACACCUGGGCCUGAAACAUCCUUGUAUCAUACAUUUCAACAAUCCUCUCUACAGCACAAGUCUAAAAAGAAGAACAAAGGUCUUGCACCAAGUAAGAGUAAAAGACGGAUUUCUUGUAAAGAUCUUGGUCGUGGAGACUGUGAAGGCUGGCUCUGGAAAAAGAAAGAUGCCAAGAGUUAUUUCUCCCAAAAAUGGAAAAAAUACUGGUUUGUCCUGAAGGAUACAUCUCUCUACUGGUAUAUUAAUGAGGAGGAUGAAAAAGCAGAGGGAUUCAUCAGUCUACCAGAAUUUAAAAUUGAUAGAGCUAGUGAAUGUCGCAAGAAGUAUGCAUUCAAGGCUUGCCAUCCUAAGAUCAAAAGCUUUUACUUUGCUGCUGAACAUCUAGAUGACAUGAACAGGUGGUUAAACAGAAUUAAUAUGCUUGCUGCUGGAUAUGCAGAAAGAGAGAGGAUCAAACAAGAACAAGAUUACUGGAGUGAAAGUGAUAAGGAAGAAGUAGACACACCAUCAACACCAAAACAAGACAGCCCACCUCCACCAUAUGACACAUACCCACGACCUCCAUCGAUGAGCUGCGCAAGCCCUUUUGUGGAACCAAAGCAUAGCCGACUCUCUUCCACUGAAACUUCCCAGUCACAAUCUUCACAUGAGGAGUUCCGUCAGGAACCAGUGGGGAGCACUACUGAAUCUCCCAUUCGCAAAACAGCCAGCCAGCGACGCUCAUGGCAGGAUUUAAUAGAGACUCCACUGACAAGCUCAGGCCUGCACUACCUACAGACUCUACCACUUGAGGACUCCGUUUUCUCUGACUCCGCUGUUAUCUCUCCAGAACACAGACGGCAAUCAACUCUUCCUACUCAAAAGUGCCAUCUGCAGGAUCACUAUGGCCCUUUCCCUUUAGUAGAGGGUGAGAAAAUGCAAGCCCUAAAUGGGAAUGGGGGCAAGCCCCGCAGUUAUACUCUGCCACGGGAUAGUGGGUUCAACCAUUGCUGCCACACGCUCUCUGUCAGUGCCUCCAACCAUCAAGAAGAAUUGCCACAGAAAGAGCAAGAGGAAGAAAAGGGAAGGGAAAUAGCACCAGAAAACCAAGAAGAUGAAACACACCCUGGAGUGAAGAGCAGUUUUGGAGGAGCAGUUUUUCAUUGAAACCAUGGCUAAAGCACUGCGAGAGUUGAUAGAACCUCCCCAUGCCAACUCGGAUCCACUUCUCUUGGCACUGAACCGAUUGGACUCAGAGAUUGAUAAACUAUUGGUUAGAGAAUUUAGAUCGGAGAGAAUUGGCACUACGGAGACUCAUCUUCAGCCUCUUGCAAGCAACCUCUAAUGUCCUGCAUUCAGAAAGCCAAUCAAUUCUUCUUGAAUAACUGAUGUUUUUAAGUGAGAACUGACUUUAAAAUAUAGACAACCAAAUGCCUGGGUAAAGGGCAAACCUAUUGCCAGACCUAUUGGUUUUAUUUUGAAGAAUGCAUCCUUUCUACAGAGGGACUAGGCACAAUAUCAGACCCAGGCUACAUGGAGUACAGUUGCUGCCCACCAACUUGGGAGAAACAGAAGGGGAAGAGGGUGAUGGCAGGGGAAGGGCUAUGAUGACACUCAGGUGUGUUCUGCAGUCUUCAAAGAAGGAAAGAGGGAUCACCAUGGUAACUAUAAAAUCAUAUUUUGCAAAUGGACUUCAGUUACUUCCAUCCAUCCAAAGUGGAAAAGGCUAAUGCCAUUCUUAGUAUAUUAGUGAAGGAAGAUAACUUACUGUAUAAUACUGAUUAAAUGUAUUCUAUCAAGUCCAAGUGUGCACAGACUCUUGCAAGACUUAAAACCCAAUCCUAACUGUGUUUACUUAGGAGUAAAUCCCAUUAAUUUCAGUGGGGGGGCGUCUAGACUCAAACUACACAUGAUGGUAACAGAUCCAUUUGUUUAAAUCCAGGUCUCUUCCAAAAAUGUCCAUAAUGGAUGUGAGGGGAUUCCAUUUUUAAAGCAAAAGGUGUGUGUACUUGGAGACUGCUAACUCUUCCUCUAUGUGCUUCUUAGCCUUCUGCAGUUUGCCCCCCCAAAAAACCUUUUUGUCUAAUUCCAAAUUCUUUUGAGCUCCAAUUCCAAAAGUGAGCUUCGUGUGCAGGAGAAAAGAACUGGGAGAGAGAGAGGCUUUGAGGACAUUGUUAGUGGUGUAUACAUGGAGAGCUCAGUUGCUCUAAAAAGCAGAUUCCCCACACUUUACACAUGAUUGAAGCUGACCCAGGUUUAAACACUGUCACGUAUAGCUUGAAUCUUGCUUUAAAAUAAAUUUGCUAAGGAUUGCAGCAGAGUUUGUUAAGCAGUUUCUAAUUAUUUAUCUGAUGGUGCGCAGAUACUGAUUUUAUGACAGUAAGAUGAUGCCUCGCAUUGGAGUAUUUCCAACUCUGCAGAUAGAAAUCUUCAAUUUCUCCUCACCUUCUAGGAGUCAAAUGUGAGGGAUGUUGCCUUGCAGCAUAAGCAUAAGGUAUUCUCUGUAAAUCAUUCAGCAUCCAUAGGAGGAUGUUUUGGGGGCAAGAUUUUGUCUGAAUGUCUCCCUAAGUAGAUUCAGAUAUUGUCUAUCAUUAUGUAUUGGGUCUCCUAUGGAUCAUUAUUUGCCUGUAUCUCUGUGAUUGGAUGUGGAUUUUCUUUUGA